AUGAAACUCUAAAUUCUUGCUUUCGUUGCUAUUGCUACUGUUUUGGCAAUUUAUUCAAUCAAAUUAUAAGGAAAACAUCUUUAAGAAAAUGUUCUUUAUGAUUAAUUCAGUACAAACGACAAAUGCAAAAAAAUGUAAGCUAAAUUAAGUGAUCAAUGCAAGUAAACAGCUCCUGCAAGUGAAUUCUAUCCUUGUUUAGAAAAACUUAUGAGUGAAAAUCGCUGUGAUAUUUUAGUUGAAUAUAAGUAAGUUAUUGACUAAGACAAAUAUUGUGAUUCAAUUAAGAAGAGUGGUGAAGAAAAAUGCAAAGACAGUAAAGAUUAUCAGAAUUGCUUGGUUGAUUACUUCAAUACAGUUGAAAACGACUGUAUUAGCUUAGUUCCAGUCAAAUAAUAUGCUUUUGAUAAUGAUGAAUAUUGCAAUUCCUUAAAAUCUAAUAUGGAAGAAGGAUGUAAAAAAGAAGACUUACCUAUCUAAUGCUUAUUUGAUUUCUUGAAAAUGAACGAUUGUGUAUCCGAAGUGCCAUUAGAUCCUAAAAAUAAUUGA